UGAUUGAUUGGUCAAGUGGCUAAAAGGAACUCCUAACCGAACCCGUGCCGCUGUACAGGGUGUUAAUUAAUCCGGUUUCCUACCUCAACAACCAGCUCGAUUCCUUCUUAGCCAAAGACCGAGAUGCUGCCUGCUCAUUCGGCUCCCGAGGGCGUUCACGAGCCGUUGCUUCUUGCUGCAGCCAUCUUCUUCAGAGAAGGUAACAUGGACAACACCACGGGGGUUCCCAAGCUUAUGUCUCUCCAUUUAUUAGAAGAAAUUACAGAUCGUUUCUCUAAGCACCGGAAACUUGGAGGGGGUGCAUAUGGAGAUGUUUAUCUGGGAGAGCGUAAAGAUGGAGUGAAGAUUGCUGUGAAGGUGCUCAAAGACGUCUUAGACCUUAAUGAUGAGCAAUUUGAAAAGGAGUAUCGCAACCUUGCAAUUCUAGAGCACAAAAAUGUAGUCCGGCUAGUUGGCUCUUGCAAUGAAACCAAGGGAGAAUAUGUACCUCACAAUGGAAGGACAGUUUUUGCUGAAAAGGCUAGGAGGAUGUUGUGCUUCGAGUAUAUGUGCAACGGAAGCCUUGAUACUUUUAUUUAUGAUGAAUCUAAUGCAUGUAAUUGGCAUACACGCUAUGGUGUAAUUAAGGGGAUAUGCGAGGGCUUGGAAUACCUUCAUGAGAAACUAAAACCUGAUCCUAUGUGUCAUUUAGAUUUAAAACCAGCCAAUAUAUUGUUGGACGAGAACAUGUCACCAAAAAUCGCAGAUUUUGGCGUGUCAAGGUUGUUCUUAGAAGAAAAAACAAAAAAGACAAACAGUGGUCUAGGAACACUUGGGUACAUACCACCAGAGUACAUAAACGGAGGUUUGAUCUCAACUAAGUUUGAUAUAUUCAGCUUGGGUGUCCUAAUUAUAAAGAUAAUGAUGGGACGAGAAGGCUACUUCACAAUUGAUGAAAUGUCUUCCCAACAGUUUGCUGAUUUCGUACACAUGAGCUGGAUGAGUAGGCUACAAGGGCCACAUGCGUAUUCUAUACAAACAAGGAGGUGCAUCGAAAUAGCUCUAAGUUGUGUUGAGAAAGAUCGACGCAAAAGGCCAAGUAUUGGUGUAAUCGUCAGUAAUCUAAAUCAGACAGAGUAUGGAAUCCAGAUUUUUGAGGCACUAAAAAAUGGCUUGGACCACCAGUUGUGCCCUUGCAUUUGCAAUGAGAAUAAGAUGCUGCAUAUCCUCGAAAGCAAAUCGAUCUCUUACCCACUCCAUGUUACUGACAACAGAGGUAGGGUGCACGAAGCAACAAUAACGACUGCUGGUAACACGUCAACCGUUCAGCAGCCGGUCAAACCGAGAAUCAAGAUCAUAGACUACACGGAGGCUGUGGGCUCCAUUACUACAAUAGACAUACAUUCAACAAAGCCCUGGAUAUUGGUUGGUCAUUACAAUGGGAAUGUCUCUAUUUGGAACCAUCAUAACCAGACAAAAGUGAUGACAUUUCGAGUUAAAACAGGACUGUUGACAUUCGGAGAUAAAAGAUACAUUUGGACAGCUAAAUUCGUUGAGCGGCCAAUGGGUUUUGUGACCGGUGAUGAUCAAGGAUACAUCCAUGUUUACUCGUAUAUAAAAAUGGAGAAGCUGUAUAAUUUUAGAGGUCACGCGAAAGGCGUCACCUCACUGUCGGUUCACCCCAGUGAGCCAUUAGUGCUCUCGGCAUCUUGGGACAAGCUGAUCAAACUUUGGAACUGGGAGGCUGGCUGGCUGUGCAUACGGAUAUUCGAAGGACACUCGGGCCAUGUGCUUCAAGUCAAGUUCAACCCGCAGACUGCGGGAAACACUUUUGCUAGUUGUUCAGAUGACUCCACGAUAAAGAUGUGGAACAUGGAUUCUCCUACUCCUGUCGCCUCAUUCAAGUGCCAUCCAGGAUAUGCUCAUGGUCUUGAUUAUUUCUGCCCGGGCGGGGCUUUGCCGUAUUUGGUUACACACACUAAGUAUGAGGGGAGUGCACAGAUCUGGGAUUUGCAAUCAAAUACAUGUAUUAAACAUAUCAACGGACUACAAGAUGAGAGGUGCAGUGUUGCUGUGGUUGAAGGUCCCUCGGGUCGUCCGAUUCUACUUACAGUGUCAGAGGACAACACUGUUGCUUUUUGUGACUCAGUUACUCAUAGGUAA